UCAGGGGGUGGCAUUCCUUCUCUUUUUCUUUAUUCCCACACAACACACACAGCGACACGCAAUACGCAAAAAGAUAUGCUGGUUCCGUCCAUAUCCUCAAAUUCGGAACUCAUGCGUCGCUUUGGAAUGCUUUUGUUUAGCUUCUUUGAGCUGAUUGUGCCCCUCGAGAUGAGGUUGCUCGCGAUCCGUUGUUGAUUCUGCGAAUCCAAGAGUUGCCGAGCGGCCGGUAUCGGCUAACUCUCUGAUUGUUUAUGCGUUGCUUCCAGCUGUUUGCAUGGUGUUUUUCUUUCUGUUUCCUGGAUAAUCCGUGAAGGAUAAUCACCUUCUUCGUUCGAUACAGGUAAUUUUUCCAUCGCUGCGAGAGGAGACUUGUUCACCUCAAGCCAACCUGUGUUUUUCCCCGUACCAUGACGAGUUAUGCCAGUACUGUUCAUUACUCUCCUCGAAUUCCUCUCGAUUGCUGUCCGAUUAGGCUAAUUUGUACGGUAUCUAGGUGGAGUUAGGCACUUGAUUCCAAAUUUAGAAUCACGUUUGUAUUUCUAUUGCUCGUCCGUGUUGGUCUUGGGCCUCUUGGCCAUGGGGAAUCUGGAACUGCUUUUGGGUGAUUCGGGUGGUGAUUAUAGUGAUGCAGAGAUCCUUGUUGAGAACAUACCAAUUGGCGUUCACAGAUGCAUACUGUCUUCGGCAAUACAAACCAUUAUUUUCUGUCGCUUUACUUCAUCUUCACUUGUAUCAAAUGGAUCCUUUUGCCACAAGAAGAUACCAGCCGCAGGUCCAGAGACAGGGUCCAGUCUUGAAAUAAUCAGCUUAAGCAAGCUUAGUAAUAAUCUGGAACAGCUUUUGGGUGAUUCGGGCGGUGAUUAUAGUGAUGCAGAGAUCCUUGUUGAGAACAUACCAGUUGGCGUUCACAGAUGCAUACUGGCUGCACGGAGUAGAUUUUUCCACGAGCUUUUCGAGAAAAAAAAGGGGACCCUUCAGAAAGAAGAGAAGCCAAAAUAUGACGUGAAUGAUUUGUUGCCCUAUGGCAGGGUUGGUUAUGAGUCUUUCCUAAUUUUCUUGAGCUAUUUGUACACUGGAAAGCUAAGGCCUUUUCCUUCAGCUGUGUCAACAUGUGUGGAUAAUCUAUGUGCCCAUGAUGCUUGCAGACCUGCUAUUGAGUUUAUUGCAGAAUUGAUGUAUGCAUCUUCAAUUUUUCAGGUGCCAGAGCUUGCUUCACUUUUUCAGCGGAGACUUCUGAAUUUUGUUGACAAAGCUCUUGUGGAAGAUGUCAUCCCAAUUCUUCUUGUAGCCCAUCAUUGUGAAUCAAGUCAGCUUGUUACUAGCUGUGUUGACAGAGUAGCAAGGUCAAAUCUCGACAGCAUCACUCUAGAGAAAGAACUCCCUUUCGAAGUGGCCGAAAAUAUUAAAUUGCUCCGCGCCCCUGCCCCGGUUGAUGAUGAAAAUGACUUACAGGUUGUUGAUCCAGUACGUGAGACAAGAAUCAAAAGAAUACUUAGGGCAUUAGACUCGGAUGAUAUUGAACUUGUAAAUCUUCUACUGAGUGAAUCUGGUAUAACGUUAGAUGAAGCCAAUGCUCUUCAUUAUGCUGCUGCUUACUGUGAUCCAAAGGUCGUAAAAGAAGUGCUUGCAAUGGGUGGCACUGAUCUUAAUCUUCGAAAUGCUCGGGGUUACACAGUCCUUCAUAUUGCUGCAAUGCGCAGAGAGCCCUCCAUAAUUGUUGCGCUUUUGAAUAAAGGAGCUUGUCCAUCGGAUACCACAUUGGACGGACGAACUGCUGUCAGAAUUUGUCAGAGAUUAACAAGGCCAAAGGAUUAUGAUGAGAAAACAGAGCAGGGACAGGAAACAAACGAAUAUCGAAUAUGCAUUGAUGUUCUGGAGAGAGAGAUGUGGAGGAAUCCAAUGACUGGGAAUGUAUCAGCAUCUUCUCCUAUAAUGACUGAUGAUCUGCACAUGAGUCUGUUGUACCUAGAAAAUAGAGUCGCAUUUACACGACUGUUGUUCCCUUCUGAAGCCAAGCUAGCCAUGGAAAUUGCUUCUGCUGAGACAUCUGAAUUUGCUGGAAUCUUGACAUCAAGAGGUUCAAAUGGGAACUUGAGGGAGGUUGAUCUGAAUGAGACACCCAUAAUGCAGAAGAGGCGGCUACUUUCAAGGAUUGAAAUUCUCUUGAAAACAGUGGAAAUGGGUCGGCGUUAUUUCCCGCACUGUUCAAAAGCGCUGGACAAGUUCAUGGAGGAUGACCUACCCGAUCUGUUGUAUCUUGAGAAGGGAACCCCUGAGGAGCAGAGAAUGAAGAAGCAGCGGUUCGUGGAGCUCAAGGAAGACGUUCAGCGGGCAUUUGACAAGGACAAGGCCAAGGCCGAGCGUACACGUUCUGGCCUUUCUUCUUCAUCUGCCUCGUCCUUCAAACACGCUGUAAGUCAUAAAGUUAGAAAGCUGGGACGAUAUGUUAACUACAUAAUAGGCUGUUGCAGGAGAUAGCCAAUUCAACUUUGAAGAAGGCUUAUAGCGAGGGCCGUGUUUUAAGUAUAUCGACUCCACUCUUGUAAUAUAUGUUCAGAAGAAGAACAAAUGUUGGGUCUGCGAACUUUUUUGUGUACGGACUCUGUCCUGAAUGCAUUUUCUGUUUUGAGUGUUGGUUCCGUUCAUCAUGUAUUUUGCUUUGUUGUUUUUGACGACUGAUAUGAUUAGUAUAAAUCACACGUUUCCAUCCAAUAAAGUAAGUAAA